AUGGAGGGCCUCCUGGCAGCAGUGUGCAGGAAACGCAAACACCCCUCGGGCAGCGAGGAUGCUCCAAGCAACAGGCGUCGGCAGGAUCUCGCUAAGACUGCCAUCGAGACCUCGCCUUUUGUACGUCUAAAUGUCGGGGGCAAGGAAUAUGUGACAUCUCGUAGCACUCUUCGAAGAGGAGACUCCGGCAUGCUGGCGAAGAUGUUUGAGAGCAAUCUGCCUUCCGCCACCAUCGGUGGGGCUUAUUUUAUUGACCGUGAUGGGGAUCUCUUUCGCUUCGUCCUCUCCUACUUGCGAGAUGGAGCCGUGGAGCUGCCAGGCUCCUUCCAGGAAUUGCGCCGCUUGGAAAGGGAAGCCAACUUCUUCAUGCUUCCGGGCAUGCUGCAGCUGAUUCGCUCCAAAAUGUCAGAGGUGCACCUGGAGGUGAGGCUUUUUGCAGAGCCCUUUGGUUGCACCGCGGAGCAGUGUAAUUGCGGAUGUGGGGAUGAUAGAAUUGCGCAUCCCGACGCAUUCAGCUAUGAGGAGCUGGAAACAAUGGAUUUGGGUAGGGAUGAGUAUCGAGAUCACCCCGGGCAACAAAAGAGACCGGAAUUCAAGUCUCCAUUUGCAGUCGAGCAUGUUUGCCUGCAUGCUGUCGUGCCUCGAGAAUCCACUGACCGGUACGUGCGUGUAGAAACACUUGCUUCACCUGAGCCGAACUGCGGUGGUGACUAUUUCUUACAGGGUUCCCUCAAUGAGCGACCUUUAUACAAGAACGAGGCAGGGGCCGUGAUGUUGUGGAGUGAUGGCUGCUGGAGAAUCAACGCUGAUGGGAGCGCCGGGUCCUGGCUCUUGUCUCCGUUGCAGGAUUCUGACUCAGAGAAGCCCCCAACAGGCCUAUGGUGGGGCCCAGGGGCAGGAAUGUGUUCCGUGGAUGGCGAAGAAGUGCGACACGUGGAAGGGUGCAGCUUGAUGCAGGCACUACAGGCUGUGAGGCAAGGAUUGGUGGAAAGAGAAGGUGUUCGCAUGUCUGUCGACGACAUCGAUGAGAUUCUGAAAUCGCUGAAAAAAGUCUUUUCGGACUUUGUUCGGCAAUCCGAGCUUUCCAGCAGGAUUCUGCAUGCACCGGCAGGAAAGUACGAUGUUGGAGACGCUUACGACAAAAAAGAUCAAUUCAAGCAUUUUGCAACAUGCGUGAAGAUCGAGUGCCGAGCACUGCACUCCUCGCGGUGCACAAGCCCAGCUUCUUCCUCGCCCAGAUGA